AUGGAUAAAAAUUUCUGCUGGAUAUUUUUAAUUUGUGUACUUACUUUAAAAAAAUUUAUUGUGACUUUUGAUAAUUUUAAUAUAAGAAGCGCCUACAUCGGCUGCUUUCAGAGGCUCAUUUUUAAUAAUAGUAGUGGGACAGUUAGCACGGUUGAUGAUUGCGUGCAGUUCUGCAAGGGACGAAACACGAAUUUCAUCGCUUUGCGAGGCAGCGAGUGCAACUGCGUCGGCGGAGUAGACUCGGCAGUGCCUUCGGCGCACUGCAACUCUAGGUGCUCAAACAAUGAGGCUUGUGGUGGACUGCACUUAUAUUCAGUUUAUAAAGACAAACCGCGAAAAAUCCACGACGAAAUAUUUUAUUUGAACGAGGAGUUUGCAGAAGAAACAGUGGCCUAUCCCCCGCGCUCUUGCACUCUCGAAGCAUGCGCGCACAUCUGCCUGGAAAGAAACAUGUCAUUUUUUGAAUACAGACAUGACAAAUGCGGCUGUUUUCAAAAUUUUGAUAAGAAAGUCCAGAUUCCAUCUAAUAUAGAAUAUGAUAUGUGUCCGUAUAAUGGAAACGAGAUCUGCUCCAUCCGUUUCCUUCAAAAUUCGAUAAAAUUUACAACUCGAUUUCUGUACGAGUUUCAAAGAGGUUACUCUAGUUACACUCACUGCAAAGAAAACAUAGUUCGAGAAAUAAAAGAUAACUGUCUAGAAGGUUGUAGUGAAGGCUGGAAGGGAGAUUCAUGCAGAGGAAGAGAUUGUACGAGGAACAAUGGUGACUGUGGUAACGAGAUGAAAUGUAUUGAGUCCACGGUCAAUGAUUAUAGGUACGUUGAAUGUGUCUGCCCAUAUGGCACCGUAAGAAACAAGUGGGACUUGUGCGAGUUGUUUCAGGAGAACGUGGCAUUGAAUAAAAAACCCUACGCAAGUUCUGCAUGGAAAGGCAACCCACUAAUUGAUACAAUAUAUUUGAACGACGGAGUUUGUAAGGGCAUCUCCAUAGCUCGCAUUAAUGAUUCGAGAUCUGCAUGGAUGAGCGUCGAUCUCGAAAGGUUUUAUUUUGUUGGAAUUGUAAAAAUUUACGGAGCUCUUGGUACAAAUAUAUUGAGUUACGCUGGACUCGAUAAGUUUGUUGUCAGACUCAGUCAAACGUUUGACACAGACACCAGGACUGACGUACGAAAUCUCCUUAAAAUAUGCGGCCACGGACCUGAGAAAGCCAUACAAGCAGGAAACCCCAUGACUGUUAUCUGUGAAGAUUUUCAAUUGCGUUCAAGAUAUGUCAUUUUGCAGCAGUCGGAUGAAAAGUUUUCCAGAGAUGAUUUCAGUGUAGCAGAGUUGGAAGUUUAUGAAGUUAGUUGCGAUGUCUUGAACGGAAGAUGUGAGCAAAUGUGCAAUCUUUUCAUACAAGAAAACAUACACUUUGUCAGAUGCAGUAUUUGGAAUGAUGAACAAACUGUAACAAACUCGUUUUACGGAUGUUACUUGAAAGUGUCAGGUGACCUUCACUUCAAGAAAGCUGGUUUAUCGUACUUGCAAUGUAGGGAUGCCUGCAAUUCAAUGUCAAAAAGUUUAGCAGUGAUGCAAGCAGGUUUCAAAUGUUAUUGCAGCAGUAGUUUGAACAUAGCUGGUAACACCUCAAUGUUCAAUUGCAAGGCCAAGUAUUACAAAUCCAACCUUAUAUUUGAUGACUGCUUCAUGUUUGACAACUUUUGUAAAGAAAUUAGAAGUAUUUCGCACAGUACUACAAUAACUACCAAAAUUAACACCACUGAUACAACGGAGACUUCGCACAGCACUACAAUAAUUACCAAAAUUAACCACACUGAUGCAACGGAGACUUUGGGAACCAUCGUCAUCAUCAACCCUUCCAACGAACAACACACAGCCACAACUAGCGAAGAGACGGAUAAUUAUGAAUCCUACAAGGAAAAGUUGAUCAUUGCAGCAAGUGUGAGCACGACCACCUUUCUGUUAAUGUUAGCUGGGAUACUUGGACACAUCAUUUUUACAAGGAAGGAUCAAAAAAGAGUAAGCCAAACCUCGGAUAUGAGUUCUGUGAGUUUAGAUACGAGUGGAGCCAAAUCACCAGAUGACAUUUUGGAGAGUGUGAACAGGCAGUUAACAGAGCAUGAAUAA